GGAACUAGUAAUUCUCAGAUUUAUGACAUGGGGAUAUAGCUCAUUUAACUCAGGUGUACAUCGUUACAAGAUCCCAAACACCAAGGGUUAACAUGUUACAGAAACUGGAAUAACCACAUUUUAUUCUUUUAAGACAUUUGAGUAGGGGAGGGAGUCUCUCGCCAGGAGGGACACGUUCUUAGAAUGAGACAGACCCACGCCAAACACAGACAGAUUUCCAGUUAUGAUUUAAAAUGUACAUCUGUUCCGCAGAGCUUACUGUCUAAUUGGACAAAACCAGGCGAGGUACUGAUCUGUGAAGCUUCCAAUAGAAUCUUUCAUCGUCUCACUGUUUUGAUCCACACAACUACCAAUCUUAUCUACAAGGCCUGUUCCUGGAUGGCAAAGCUGAAUUGAUCUGCGGCGCUGCGUUUUUCUAAUAUGAAACCAUUGUGUCCUGCAGAGCUUACAAUCUACUGUAUACGGUGUUCUAUAAUGUGCAACUAUCCUGUGUGGCAUUUAAAGCUAAGGAGCUGACAAUCUGUUUGACAAUCUGAUCUACAUCUUACUCCUAAACUAGCUGCCGAGAGAUUACACCUCAUAUCUGUCUACGCAAAUCAAGAUUUUUUACAUUUAUUUUUAAUUCCUCACUCCAGAGCAGGUGAGUUUAUUUGGGAUUUCGCACAGUGAGAGAAUUAACAUUCCUAUAUUAAGUAUAACUGUUUCAAAUCAAAUCAAACAAAGAUUAAAGGAUAAUUAUGAAUCCAGACUUAGUUACAGAGGAAAUAAUAGUGCAUUUAGCAUUUACCCAAGAUUUGAUGAUGUGAAAUAGCCGGAUUUUCAGUAUCAUGAAAGGGAAAAGAGGAGGGGAAUUGGAGGGGUUCCACUGGAUUCUUAUGUCCUGCUGCCUUGGACCUAUUAGAAUUAUUUUUCAAUUGAUGCUGCAGGGGCCCCCAGGAUCUGUAUAAUGUGAGGCUUUCUCAAGAGAUUCCUAAGUCUCCUUUAAGAAGGGACGUUCAUGGAAAGUUAUAUUCUGUACAUUUACACCCGAUGGUCAUGGGCUGAAACUAUACAAAUAGCUGGCGUGGUUCAUGUGUCAUCUUACCACUGAGUCACAUAUAGUAUUUAUUACCUGUCUUUGUAAAGUGUGUUGUGAGUUUUUUGUUACCAGGUGUAUAAUCCAAGCUUUAGGCUUUAUGGAAGGGCCACCACCCUUAUGUGUUUACUAUAGGCUCCAUCAUAGUCAAUGUCCCCCUUAAAGGAGAAUUAAUUCACGGAUUUCCUGAUUCCCCCAGACUGAGUCACACAAAUAGCCAAAGGGACUAGUGAUAGCACCCUCUGAGCUACUGUGAUAUAAUAUCAUAAAAUUCAUAGCAAGUACAGAAAAAAUACACAGUGUAGAGUUAUUCUCAUUCAACGCCAUAUAUGAACGUUAAAAACUGUUAGAGAAUAUACAGAGAUAACUAGAAAUAAUAUAUGAAUGUUCUUUUAUAGGAUAAUAUUUCCAGUUAACGUCUGUAUUUAUAUCACAUUCAUACGUUUAUGCAUAAGGAAGCACUUACCCUGAAUACAGCAUUUGCGGUUUGUAGCGGAGAUGCAAUAUUCCCCAGGUUAUCUCCGCUUAUAAUCCAAGUGAGGCUUAGGAACAAGUAAAUAGUAAAUCCACAGGCAAGGUUUCCAGCAGGUAAAAUACAGCAAUAUCCCAACAGCAAUCCCAAUAACUGGACGACACACAGUUUCAGGAGCAGAACUGAAAGCUUUAAUCCACAGUCUCCUUAUAAAGCAUGCUCCCAUGCAAGGGAGGGAUUUACAGUAAUUAUUACAGUAGCCAAUCCUGUCCUGGUAACCUCCCACAUAUCUCCUCCCCUCAGCCAGCAUCAUAAUCCCCUUAUCCAGUACAGUAAUUCCCCCCGUUUCUGGAUGUACCCCUAAACAUAGGGGUACCUCUUUAAAUCCUACAUCCCCUGGUAGCCCUGAUCUGGGGGACCAACAUAUCCAAAAAUCACCCAGAUCAGACCAGGGGUUCGGGAAAAGUAUGGAGGGAAUAAAGUGACCGACCGCACGAACAGAGAUAGCUGAAUCCGGUUCCAUGUGAAUGGGCCCUGCGGUUGGUCCUGGCAUAAGGAAAUAAAAUACACGAAAACCUCUAGCUAUAGAGGCUAGGGAGGGUUCGCCUGAAUCCCCUCGUUCGGUAUUUUCGAUCUACCGAAUGAGGGGCCGUUCGGUAGUUUGGAACCGAACGGACCAGGGCUGUGGAGGUCUCAGCGGUGUUCGCCUACUCGAGUGUCCGAUUUUAGUUCCAGACACUCAACGGCAAAACACUGCUGUUCGGGAGUUUUAAAAUGGCCACCGCCACGUGUUAGUUUGUCGAAUGGCGGCCACCCCCGAGAACAAAGGACGGCUACUUCCUAGUCAAUUACCCGUUCGCAACAAUGUUGCAACGGGUAAUUGAGGACACACUUUACACAGGGGAGGUCUGGUUGUUCGGUAGUUUCAUUCGAAUAAACUAAGGGAAUGAAACUACCGAACAAUCAAAAGAAUACAAGGCUUUAAAACACAUAGAAAACUAGCAGAUCACACGAAUGCAAUUAUUUCAAGGACAUUUGCAGGACAGCCCAGUGCCAUCCGCUACACGGUUCCAGUAACUUACUCUGCGUAACUCUAUAAGAGAUUUUUAACUUCCAAAAACACUCGGAAAAAUGCAGAAGUAGGUAGGUAGGAGACCAUACUUCCUUGCAUACAGUCACUUUCCCAGCAGGAGAGGAAGUAACAGGCUGUAAAAGGUGUUUUAUUGAUGGAGAAGAUUUUGUGUUAACCUCCUGCUCAGAGGAGGAUGGGGCACAGCAGAGAAUUUGUUACCUACAUACUAAAACAAAAACACAUUUUAAUCACGUAAUGGAAACUAUUACACAUACAUAAACAAAUAUAACAUGUAGUCCACCAUUCAUUAGCUACAUAUUCCAUCAAUAGACAAAGUGUCCUUCGUACUAUCUGUUAACCUCAAUAAUCCUGUAAGAAUCAGGUCCAAAAAAAAUGAAAGACCUAUGAAGAAGGACCAUGGAUUAUUGUGUGCAGACCACCACUCACAUUAAAACUUUUUCUUCUAUUCACAGCCAUGGCGAUGGUCACAGGUCUUAUCCCCAUUCUGCGCACUGCCCUAGAGGCCACCACCGACUAUAAUGGUCGGACCAUGUGGUUCGGAUUUGCUGUGGUUCGACUAAUUGCUCUCUAUGUUUCCGAAAUCCCUUGGGGCAAACUGGAUCAAGACUUUGAUUGUGGUGGCAUAAAUAUGACCGAGUUUUGCCGGAAGUCUUGUUUUAGCAGACAUUUUAACGUGGCGGUCGUGUCUCUGUGGAACUCCUGCUAUGUCUAUUUUAUAGCAUCUCUGCUCAUCAUGGAGCUUUUCACCUCUCAGCUCCGUCACAACCUCACCAAAGCGGCGCUGAAGGACAAACUGUCUCAUGGAGAAUCCGCGCUGACCGGCACUUGGUCUACACAGUUGGCCCAAAAAGAUGUAGUUUUGGAUUUCCACCACCAAAAAAAAUUACUUGUCCUCUAUCUUGGCUGUGUUCUCAUGAGACUGGUCGGGGAGUUAGCAUUUCUUUAUAUUCUCUUGUGUUGGCAUUUGCCACUUGUGUCUGAGGGCUCGAUAUCCUGUUCGACAGAACUGUGCACUGGGCCAUUCACCUGCCUGGUGAGAUUUCCUGCAGAAAAGAGAAUGUCUCUUUAUCUUCUGGGGUCUCUAUCUACUGCCUUGGCUUUGGUUUGUUUAGUGUUUGGGCUUUAUAGUGGAUGCCACUACCUAAUUCUACACCAACGUCAAAAUGAGACCUCAGUUUAGAACUGAAUAACUCUAAACUCCAUGCAAAGUGAUCCCACCAGACACCUCAACCCUCUGAGAUCCUACAAGGACAAUAAUACUCUAAUUCCGUGAAUGUAGAACACGUUUAGAUUAGUAGAUUAAUGCAAACUAAAAGUGGCAGAUUUGUAUCAGAUAUCUCGGUGUGUUAGGCAGUACCCCUAAAACUCUACCGAUAAGUAUGCUAUUGCAGUAACAAUAAGAUCUAAAGAAAUUAUAAGACAGCUGACGGUAAGCAAUCCAGUUCAGGAAAACACAUUUAUUGUUUAAAGAAACACUAAAAUCACCCAGAGCACUUUAUCUCAAUGAAGGACCUGUAGCUUUAACCGUGCAAUGUAAAACAUUGGAGAACCUGCUGUGUUUGCAUUGCUGGGUUAAAUACGCCUCUAGGGCUGUCUUGCUGAACGACAGCCACAAAGGGCGCUUCCUCCUUCAGAACCGAGUUAAACUCGACCUUGAUUUGAGUGAAACUUGUUUGGAGGAGUGCGUCGUUUGGCCGCGCAUGCUAAGUUUCUCUAUGAGAAGGACGGAAUUGGAGCACAUGGUGGAAGACAUCAGCAGGCAGCUGCAGUGGAGGUGACCAGGUGUUGGAAAUCUUUCUUUUACUUUAAUUUUUUAAUACCAAAGGUGGGAGAACAAGAGAGAAUUGGUGUUUUCUGAACUAUAGGAAAAAAAACUGUUUACUCUCCCAGUCCAGACAUUACAUUAUAAUAGUGAAUUUCAAGUUAUUUUUGUAUAUCUUCCUGUUAAAUUUAUGAAACGUGUAAUUCUUUUGUUCAUCCGUAGUGAAAUGUAGAAUUUUGAUCUUUUGUAACACUCUAUGAACACCCUGCUUUCCCCCAAAACUUGAUAACAGCCCCAUUACUGCUGCAUAUUCCUUCCCAUCCAUUCCGUUUGUGAGAUUCUGGAAGCUGUGAAUGUCUCUGUAAGAUGUAACUGCUGUCACACAGUAAUAAACACUUCAUUUAUAUUAAAGAAGUAACACCUCCUUGCUGGCUGCACAGAGAGGAUAUAACGAUUUAACUCAUAUACCAGGAUAGUCAACCUUUAACACUCUAGAUAUCGUGGACUACAUCCC